AUGGCUUCUAAUAUCUCUCUCUUUCUUCCAACUAUGAACUUGAUAGCAUUCAUCAUCUUCUUCUUAUUCGUCUAUGCUGAAUCAACUGAUCAUGACGGAAUAGUAAUCAAUGUUACAAAACACUUAUUUUUCCCUGAUUUCAAUACCCCGAGAACUGUUCAUGAUCUCAUGCUGCUGGGGAGCUCCGUCGUGGACAAAAAAGGUCGGAUUCAGAUACCGGACACCACCCAGAAAGACGGCGUCGAUGAUCUGAAGCACUUAGUUGGUCGUGCUGUUUAUGCUUAUCCUGUUCGUGUUUUUGAUCCCAUAACGCGAACCCCAGCUUCCUUCCAAACGACUUUUGCGUUUCAGAUUGAAACUACACCAACAAACGUAUCUUCUGGUGGAGGAGAUGGUGGCGGCGGUGACGGUGGAAGCGGUUUUACAUUCAUGAUAACACCUGAUGAGUUCACGGUGGGACGACCUGGGCCAUGGCUAGGCAUGCUAAAUGAUGCUUGUGAUGAACAAUAUAAAGCUGUUGGGAUCGAAUUUGACACCAUAGAAAACGUACAAUUUGGUGACCCUAACGACAACCAUCUGGGAAUCAAUUUGGGUUCCAUUGUUUCGACAAUCACCAUUAAUGUAUCGGAGUUUGGUAUUAACUUGAAGGAUGGUGAAAUUCACAGAGCUUGGGUUCAUUACCAUGGCCAAAACCGUUUCUUGGACAUCCGGUUAGGUUCCGACAGCGUUGGAUAUCCUUCAAAACCCGUGUUUUCCGGCCGCGUUGAUAUAUCAGAUUUCUUGAAAGAGUACAUGUUCGUUGGAUUCUCAGCUUCUACAGGAAACUUUACUCAAAUUCAUAACGUCUUGUCAUGGAAUUUUACCUCAAGUAGUCAAGCUUCUCUUCGCGUACCCUCGCCGGAAACCUGCGAAAGCAAAAUCACAGUCGACAAUGGCAACGGCGGUGGGAGAAACAAUCUGAACGGUUUCUUUAUUUUCAUGACAGUGGUUUUCCUUGUAGUUGUAGCUUUGGUGAGUUUAUACUACAACCGGAAGCGAAAGAGCGGGGAGUUGGCCAUGCUGCUGGCGGUGAAAGAACGCCCUCGCCCUCCUAACAAACCACGGCGGUUUACUAUUACGGAGGUUUCAUCGGCGACUCGGUGUUUCGACGAUUUACACAAGGUGGCGAGUGAUGAAAGAAGUGAUACAUAUAGGGGUACUUUAUCGAACGGGUGCCACGUGGCGGUGAAGCGGUUCUCUGUGGAGUAUUUUAAGUCUCAUGGGAUUAACCGGCGGCGCGUGGGUAAAGAGAUAAAGGCAAUGAGCAAGUUACGUCACCCUAAUCUAGUGGCAAUUAGAGGGUGGUGCUUUGACCACCAAGAGACCAUGGUGGUGUAUGACUGUGUGCAAAAUGGGACCUUCGAUGAUUGGCUUUAUGGAAUCGGUAUCUUGCCAUGGAGCCGGCGACUCAAGGUGGUGCGUGACGUUGCACAAGCAUUGAGCUACCUCCAUUCACAAAAACUAGCUCACAAAAAUGUUAAUACAAAUAGUGUAUUUAUCGAUGUAAGUUUCCGAGCCUUGCUUGGCGAUUUCGGGUUCGUGAUGUCGGGUACAGAAUCUAGUCGGUUCGAGGAGACAGUGAGUCUGCCGACAGAUGUUUUUGCAUUUGGGGUGUUUGUGUUGGAGGUUGUGGCUGGCAGAAAGAGGUACAUAUCUGAUUCUGACAUGUCACAAUCUGAAUCUAAAUAUGAAAGGUCAGACUUGGAUCUGUUGGAAUGGGCUUGGAACAUGCAUGAGAUGAAUGAGAAGGACAAAGUGGUGGAUCAGAAGAUGAGUUCGGUGUUGAACAUGGAUCAGGCAAUUCGGGUUGUGGACAUCGGGUUGUUGUGCACCUUGAAGGAGAGUAAGGGGCGGCCGAGUAUGGCGGAGGUGGUGGAGUAUGUUUGUUUUGAGACGGAGGUUCCUAAGUUGCCACCGAAUCGACCCAUGGCUUUGUUUCCUUAUACGAGUACAACGGGACUUUGUACUAAUUCUUACAUGUGUGCUUCCUUCAAGUAA